UUGUGACACGUCAAGGGCGGAGAGGAAAUUUUCUCACUCAAGUAUAUCCUUUCAAUUUCAAGGAUAUCUCGAUAUCCCCUAGAACCAUCCCUAUACUUCCAUCUAUCCACAUCUAUCCACAUCCUGUCAGCAAAGCAAGACACAAUGUCCACCUCCAACAUCCAAGCCACAGCCAUUAUCACAGGUGGCUUCCUCUCAGGAGCAAUGAUGUCGCUCUGCUUCAUAACCGUCCCAACUAUCUUGGAUACGGCGACUGAGGCGACACACCUGCAGAAGCAGUGGGCACGUAUGUAUCACUACGGACACUAUAUCUUACCAACCAUGGCCGUUGGUACGGGCCUUCUGCAUGGCUACACUUCGCUCAGCAAAUCUCGCGCUCAGCUACCCUGGCGGCUUUUCGCGCUCGCGGGCGUGACGGUCGUGAGCAUUGCGCCUUUCACCUGGAUCUUUAUGUUGACGACGAACAAUGAGCUUUUCCGGCUGGGCGCGCAGCCUCUUGUGCCGGAGAUGUCGCGAGUGAGGGGGCUGGUUGUGAAAUGGACCUGGCUACACUUUGCACGAUCGCUACUUACACUCACCGGAACGAUUAUGGCUGCAAUGGGCACGUUCUAGAGGUCUGAGUGAUAUUUGUGUAUCUAGAACACAGCAGGUUAUGAGCGAGGUGGUGGAU